AUGUAUGAUAGUUUAAAAGAACAACCUCCAAUAAAUUUGGAACGUUGUUGCGAAAAUGUAUUAGAACAUAUACAACUAAUUACGACUAUGACUACUAAAGAGAAAAUCUUAAGUUUUUUUCAAUCUUCUUCUAAAUGGUUAGAAAUUGAGCAUGAACACUAUGGAAAGACUACUGCGACUUGUAUUGCUGCUGAAAACGGACAUUUAGACUGUUUAAAGUAUGCACAUAAAAAUUUUUGCCCUUGGGGUAAUGGAACUACUGCAGCGGCUGCUAAAACUGGUAAUAUAGAGUGUUUAAAGUAUGCCAGGGAAAAUGGCUGUCCAUGGGAUGACAAUACUACUACAGAAGCAUCUAGAAAUGGACAUUUAGAAUGUUUAAGCUAUGCUCAUGGAAAUGGUUGUAUUUGGGGUGGUCUUACAAUGGCAAGAGCAGCUGAAAAUGGACAUUUAGAUUGUUUAAAGUAUGCACAUAUAAAUGGAUGCGAUUGGUACACUGAUUCCUCAGGAUCUGAUAUAUUAGAUAUUUAUUAUAUAACAGAUGUUUACCCUGAUAUACCAUUAGUCACAUUUCUAGCAUCUUCAAAUGGUCAUUUAGACUGUUUAAAGUAUGCACAUGAAAAUGGUUGUAAAUGGGAUCGUCGAACUACUGAAAUUGCUGCUGAAAACGGACAUAUACACUGUUUAAAGUAUGCAUAUGAAAAUGGGUGUACAAUGAGGUCAUUUACUUCUGAUUCAGCAGCCGCUAUGGGACAUAUAGACUGUUUGAUAUAUGCUCUUCAUAAUACUGUUUCAGAUUUUCAUGACCGAUUAGACUGUGUGACCAUUAUGGCUGCCUUAUAUGGACAAUUGGAAUGUUUAAUAUAUGCACAUAAAAAUGGGUGUCCAUGGGAUGAACGUACUACUGCUGCAGCUGCUGAAAACGGUCAUGUACACUGUUUAAAGUAUGCAUAUGAAAAUGGGUGUCCAUGGAAUCAUGAAGUUGUUGAAGUAGCUACUCAAAAAAAACACAAAGACUGUUUAGAAUAUGCACGUAAAAAUAGGUGUCCAAUAAAUGAAAAAGAAACUAUUUUAUUAAAAUACAGAAAAAUAGGUAUAAAGCUGAGUUAUAAAAAAAAGUUUUAA